AUGAACUCCAUCAAGUUACUAGCAAAGUCCUUGGACAACCUCUACCCCAAGUCGUACUCGAUGCCUCCCAUCGAGGAUGACUUGCCCGAGGAGUACACCGCAAACGAAGAGGCUCCUGAACCCGAACUCCUCCAGAAAGCGCUGCCAGCCACGACAGCACCUUCCUACCUCAACAGCCUCGUGGACGCCUUUUUAUUCCUUCCCAACCACCUUAUUCUCAAGCCAGUGUUGUUUAUAUGGCUUCUAGUGACCUACCCAUUUGCAUACUUUUUCGAGCAGUUGGGGUUGACCAAGUCGUACCCGGACGCCAGCCAGUCGCCUCGCAAGAUCCGAACCAACGUGUCAGGCAUCGACGAAAAGACCGAGCUCUUGAAGCAGGAAAACAUCAUUGCCAAUACCAUCAAGUCCCCCACCGCAUCAUCCAAAUACAUCAUUCCCCCACCACAACGAUUGUACCCACUUUCCCGAAACCCCCACAAAAAACGCCGCAAGACGUUGAUCUUGGACUUGGAUGAGACGCUUAUCCACUCGUUGUCGCGAGGCUCGCCUCGCUCGUUCAACUCGUCGUCCGCCUCGGCUCCCAAGGUGAUCGAGGUCAAGCUUCACAACAUGGCCUCGCUCUACUACGUCCACAAGCGUCCGUUUUGCGACUACUUCCUCAAGGAAAUCUCCAAGUGGUUCGAACUACAGAUCUUCACUGCCAGCGUCAAGGAGUAUGCGGACCCAAUCAUAGACUGGCUCGAAAAUGACAUCAUAGACCACCGAAAGGCUCACGAGCAGCAAAAGUCGGGACCCCGCGGCGACACUUCGCUGGCCCCUAAAAUAUUCACCAAACGUUAUUAUAGAUCCGAUUGCACUUAUAGAGAGGGGGUUGGAUACAUCAAGGAUCUCUCUCGAUUCUACCCCAAAGAAGACGAGCUCAAAAACGUCAUCAUCUUGGACAACUCGCCUGUGAGCUACGCUUUGCACGAAGACAACGCGGUAAUGAUCGAAGGGUGGAUCAACGACCAGAGCGACCGCGACCUCCUCAACUUGUUGCCCAUGCUCCAUAGCUUGAGCUUGUGCAUCGAUGUCAGAUACAUCUUGGGGUUGCGGAGCGGCGAGAAGGUGUUUGAGGCCUAG